UUUUCUAGGCCGAUCCAGUCCUCGUCGUAUUUACGCGCGAGUGUUGUAAUAUCGAAAUACACUAGGUGCUUCGUAAACGCGUCAUCGCUUCCCGGAAUCAGUAAUGAAGCUUAAUUGCUAACAGGAAAAAAAUCAUCUUCGACCAUUUCACCUUCAUCUGUCUAUUGAUUAUAUCUGUUUUAAUUCGUUGACAAACAAAUUGGUUGAAAUGUUCAAAUUACGAAGAGGAAUAUUACAAACUCCAACAUUUAUCUAUAUUAAAUGUCAAGAGAUAUCUAAUCGACAAAUAAGAAAUAAGAACAAAAGAAAAAGUUUCGUUGGGUAGGUCAGAAGUAAUAAAAUGACGUCAGAGUGUACCCAAUUUCUAAGUAAAGAACACUGCCGAAAGGUGGUGGAUGGGACUUAACGAGGUCGUCUCGAAGAACGGAAUGCCGUCGUGGUUACUAUAAUCAUAGUCGUGGUUGUCGAGAGGAUAUGGGAGAAGGCCGAUCACGUGUCGGGACAAACAAACCGAUCAUCAAUCAUCAGCGUUCGGAACACACGUGACUCAGAAUCAAUCGGCAACGUUGCAGGAAAGGCGCGGUCGCGAUAUUCUGCUUUUAGUUAUUCGUCACGAGUUUCAUAAAUCCGGCUCGAAUAAGUUUCCUUUUCUAUGGUAAAGAAUAAAGCAGAAGGUUGGAAGGUACCUAUAGGAAGAGAAAAAAAAGGGCAAACAAGAAGAAGUGGGGAAGUAAUGGCAACAACACAAGAGACAACAGAGAACGGUGGCGGCCGGCAAGCGAGAGACACCUGCGUGCCGGCGGUAAUGUCGGCAGGCGAUCGAGAAAGCAGACGCUAUUAUCCGUUGUUUUGGUACGGAAAAACUAACUAUCGGAAUUCUAAUCUUUAUCGUAACGUCAAAUGGUCACUUGAAAACUUGAAGAGAAGGUCAACAACUAUAUCUUACGUUGCUAUUGGAAGUGCGUGGGGUCGUUAAAAAGAAAAAAAAAUGGACGAAAAAGGUUCCUAAAAUCGACGUUUUCUUUCAUCGGUUAGAAACGACGAAAGAAAAAUAAAAUCAAACGAUUGAAAAAUAAUAUCACGUAAAUUGUAAUAGACUUUAAACAUGAACGGUUAUUAAAAAAGUAACUAUACCAAAAAUAAAUCGUUCUUCCUGUUUCCUGGUAAUUGAAGGUAAUAUUGAUUGGCAUAUCGGACCAAUAAUCGGACCGUUCUUGAGAAUAUAAAUUUAAAAUUAAAUAAUUAUUAUUAAUAAAUAAGUAAAAGUGUAUAUAUAUAU